CCCUCCAUUUUGUCGAACGCCAGAGCAGCUAAGUGCGUCAGUUGUCGAGAGACGUAGCCGAGUUGAGUCCUGGUCUGCGGGGAGGCAGACGGCUCCGUUGCAGACUACGGACCUCUCUUGGGUCUCAGCUGCCAAAGAUCCUGUCCGGUAGGUGAGUGGCUCACUUUGAGGGAAUGGCUUCUCGGAUCGAGGCUUCUUCAUGGCCACUCGGAUCAGUGGCCAGGGCUGCUCUCUUUGCGGAGGAUGGCGUCCAAUGAGCGCAGUUUAUUCGAGGAAGUACUAGCCGGGCGUCAUGAGUGGCUGUAGAGUAUUCAUCGGGAGGCUAAAUCCAGCGGCCAGGGAGAAGGACGUGGAAAGAUUCUUCAAGGGAUAUGGGCGAAUAAGAGACAUCGAUCUGAAAAGAGGUUUUGGUUUUGUGGAAUUUGAGGAUCCCAGGGAUGCUGAUGAUGCCGUAUAUGAACUAGAUGGAAAAGAACUCUGCAGUGAAAGGGUUACUAUUGAACAUGCUCGGGCUCGGUCUCGAGGUGGAAGGGGUAGGGGACGCUACUCUGAUCGUUUUAGUAGUCGCAGACCUCGAAAUGAUAGACGAAAUGCUCCACCUGUAAGAACAGAAAAUCGACUUAUAGUUGAGAAUUUAUCUUCAAGAGUCAGCUGGCAGGAUCUCAAAGAUUUCAUGAGACAAGCUGGAGAAGUAACCUUUGCCGAUGCACAUCGACCUAAAUUAAAUGAAGGGGUAGUUGAGUUUGCCUCUUAUGGUGACUUAAAGAAUGCUAUUGAAAAACUUUCUGGAAAGGAAAUAAAUGGGAGAAAAAUCAAAUUAAUUGAAGGCAGCAAAAGGCACAGUAGGUCACGAAGCAGGUCUCGUUCCCGGACCAGGAGUUCCUCUAGGUCUCGUAGCCGAUCUCGGUCUCGGAGUCGCAAGUCUUACAGUCGGUCUAGGAGCAGGAGCCGGAGCCGGAGCCGGAGCAAGUCCCGUUCUGUUAGUAGGUCUCCUGCACCAGAGAAGAGCCAGAAACGUGGUUCUUCAAGUAGAUCUAAGUCUCCAGCAUCUGUGGAUCGCCAGAGGUCCAGGUCUCGGUCUCGGUCUCGGUCCAGAUCAGUUGACAGUGGCAAUUAAACUGUAAAUAACUUGCUGCCCAGGGGGCCGUUUUUUUUUUAAAAAACAAACAAACAAACAAAAAAAACGAACAACCACAAAUUCCCAAACCAUACUUGCUAAAAGUUCUGGUAAGUAUGUGCUUUUCUGUGGGGGUGGGGUCUGGAGGGGGGUUGGGUUGGGCUGGAUAUCUUUGUAGAUGUGGACCACCAAGGGGGUUGUUGAAAACUAAUUGUAUUAAAUGUCUUUUGAUAAGCCUUCUGCUCACAUUUUUGUGAAUGUCUGAAGUAUAUAGUUUGUGUAUAUUGAUAGAGCUCUUUUAUAACUAAAGCAAAUUUAAUUUUUUUGUACUAGAAAAAAUUUGAACAUUUUAGUUCUUGGUUAUUCAAAUGUUAAUUCAGAAUUAGUUUAAUGUGUCAAUUAAACUAAUUAAUAGCUUUGGACAUUUAAAAGAGCUCUAAAUUUGCUUGUAUAUAAAGGCUUAAUUUGAGUUUUCCUUGUUAGGGUCCAGGGUGUCCUCCCACCCACCCUUUAACAGCUGCCUGACAAAGGCGUUAAAGCAGCUGUUUGUUAUUGAUAAUAAAAGAUUAUAAAACUA